AUGUCAGAUUGCUACAGAAAUCCACAAAAUCAAACAAAACCAACCGGCAUUGUUUCAACACCGGAUAACAACACAACAUCUGUUUUUGAUAGUAAUAAUGCUAGUGAUACUCAAGAGGAUUUGAUAGAGGUCAAAGCCAAUGCUGACCCUAUAAUGAAAGUAUUUGAACCAUUUGUAAAUGCGGCUAGUGUUUCACUUUUGAACAAUCCAACACAACGUAUUCCAGUUCAAGUAUUACGCGAUACUGGAGCGUCUCAAUCUUUAAUACUGACAAACACAUUGCCAUUUUCUGCGGAAUCAUAUUCCGGAAACAAUGUUUUGAUAAAAGGAGUUCACUCCAGCGAUUAUAGUUCAGUUCCUUUGCACAACAUUCGACUGCACUCAGAUUUAGUCUCCGGAGAUGUUUCGAUAGGUAUCAUCGAUACAUUGCCUUUCGAUGGAAUACAAUUGUUAUUAGGCAACGAUCUUGCGGGUGAAAAAGUGACAGUCAAUCCAAUAGUGACAAACAAACCAAUGAAACCAUGCUCAACAUCAAUUUCCGACGUCAUUGAACAAGAAAUUCCAAAUUUAUAUCCAUCGUGUGCGGUCACAAGAGCAAUGGUAAAACAACAAGAAUUAGAGAAUAAUAAAAGAGAUGACCUUGAUUCAUCCUAUGAUUUGUCCGAUACUUUUCUUACACAGUUAUUUGAUAGUGGCCCUAAAACAACACAGAUUACGAAAAACGAUGCGAUAGACACAAAAAGCUUGUCAACAUCUAAUCUCAUUCACGAGCAAAAUAAUGAUCCCGAAAUAGCUAUUCUAAUUCAACAAGCUUUCGAUGAAAAAGAAAUUUCAGACCAGGCAAUGGGAUACUUUAUCAAAAACGAUAUUUUAAUGCGGAAAUGGCGACCACCUGAUGUUAGUGUUGAUGAUGAAUGGUCAGUUCGAUACCAAAUUGUUAUCCCAAAACCUUAG